AGUGAAAAAAGAGUUGGGUAUUUCAAAUUCCGAUGAUCUGAAAUUCUCAAAUUGAAUCCCCAAUCUCAAAGUUUCAGGUAAUUCUCCAUCUUUCGCCCUCGUCGCAUUCCUGAUUUUAGUUCCAAUUUCGAGGUUUGCUGUUCGAAUUCGAAAUAUGUAAUUAGGGUUUAGGGUUUAGGGUUUUGGCUUCACUUGCAAUGCUGCGCUAUUCUAGUUUGCUCGAAUUGAUUGUGUAGGAAUUCAAUAGUUAGCUGAUUACGCUACAAAAUUUGGUGCCAGUUGAUUAUUUUCUUAGGAAUUUUGCCUGUACUUGAUAAUUAAUGGGAGCUGGUUCUUGAAUUCUGAAAGCAUGUUCAUUGGGGUUUCGUAUAUUUGAUCGAAUGUUUAUUUCGGAAAAAGGAGGUAGAAUGGUUAGGGCAAAUGGAGGAACACGAGUUUCAUCAGAAUGGUAUGACCCUAAGCUUGGAGAGCGCUGUAAAUAGCUGUUUCGGGCAGUAAUCGAAGCGACGAGAAAAUUAGUGAUGUGCGGUUUAUCAAAUGACGGCUCGAAGAGAUUUAUCACGAGGUUAGGCCAUUUUCCACUUGGACAUAAUCGUCUUUUUCUUUUCCGUUUAAUCAUGUUGCCGUAAUUUUGAGAAAAAUAAGUUUCAAUUAUAAGAUGAUAAAAUGAAUUUACAUAAAAUGUGGUAGAAAUACAUAGUUUUAAACCGAUUAUAUGAUGCUAUUUAAACAAGAGGAACUAUUUAAGAAUCGAGCUAUGUAUUUCUUUAAAGUUGGCUGUACAAACUAGAUCAGUAUUUAUCGUUUCGAAAUAAUUUAUGAAGGCUCUGGUUUUAGCAUAUUUUAUAUCAAAAGGUUAUACAAGCUCGUCUUUUUGUAUUGCAAAAUAGUGGUAGUUCAUGUAUAUAUGAAAAUUUUCUCAAGGCCUCACAGUUUUUCCACUCGUCUACUAUUUACGCGUUCAGUCAAUUUAUGCACCCUACGUUGGAAGAAAAGGAACGAAAAAUAAAUGCAUCUAUGUGCCACAAGAUCAACUCCUUUAUGUAGAUUUUCAUAUUAAUUACGUAUGUUCUUGAGGAAAUAUGAUUUAUGUGAAUUUACAAGUCUAGAUUUGCAUGUUACGAAAUUUAAAACCUCACGCUGGCCCAUUAAUUCAAGCAUUUAAACUGCGGAAAGAGUCGAAGAAACAGGCUGUCGAUAGCUAAAUUGGGCCAUUUGUUAUUACGAGACAAAUACCACCCCCAAAAUCAGGCCCAUUAGUAUUCCUCUUUAUAACUUAUCAGCAAAGCAUGAAAUCAGAAACCCUCAUUUUUGAUUUCUCGUUCGCCGCCGCCGUCGCUGUCACAAGCUCAGAUGAAGCGCAAGUGUGAAAUAGAAUCCCCGUUAUCUGAAAGAUCAUGGAGUUAUUCCUUCCCAGGUGUGGCAGAAAGAUACAAUUUUAUUGAAAGAAUUGAUGACGAUGAUGAUGAUGAUGACGAAGCUACUAGUUAUCUCAGAAGAUUCGUCGAGAUUGAUUUAGAGUUGGUGGUGAUGAUGAGGAAUAUGACUGCGGACCAGGCAGCUGCAUUUGCAGCUCAAGCAGUUGCCGAAGCAGAAGCUGUAAUUGCUGAAGCUGAAGAGGCUCAACGGGAAGCCGAGGAGGCAGAAGCUGAAGCCCGAGAGGCGGAAGCUCAGUUGCAGGCUGCUUUGGAGGAUCUGCUGAGACGAAAGAGGAUUCGUAGGGGGGGCAAAUACUGGCGUUUCAUUGUCGAUGGAGUCUGAUACGAGGAUUAGCCAGUUAGAUACUGUCUGAUUGAAGUCCAUUUUAUUUUAUCUGUUAUAUAAUAAAUAAAUUAUAAUAAUAAUGAUGGCGAAAGAUUUAAGCCUGAAAUUUAACGAGGCGUUCUCGGAGCGAGAGCGAGACUGCAGAUUUUAGUUUUGUUUUUAACCAAUACUUCCAGACAAUACACUAUAGCAAUUGCCAGGAACUUAUCUGGUGCUUUGAUUUACGGUUUAUAAUAUAUUUGGUGAAGUUUAUUGUGUA